AAAACCUCUGUUUAACCAGAAACAGUAUCACACCCGAAAGCUGAAGCUCUCCCAGAGAAUGUCGAAGAGGAAGCUUUGGAGCCCUCUCUCCACAGCUCUACGCCGAGCCCUCCCUUCGACCCCUCACUUCCCAACCUAUUCAGCUUCACAAUUCCACUCUCCCACUCACCAUUUCUCGCCCUCACCUCCGCCGCCUCUGAUUUCAACAACAAGUUCCCGAAGUUUCUCAGCCCGUGAUUUCGAAUUUCUCGGGAACCCCAAAUUUCCCGGAAAAAGCUUCAGCUCCGGAACGGCGGAGGAGCCCAGCGUCAGGUGCUGGAGCUGUGGAGCUUUGGCCGAAGCGGCGGUGUUUCUGGUCUGCCAGUCGUGCCGGAGCGUUCAGCCCGUGGAUCAGUCCGUGGACUACUUUCAGAUUUUCGGCCUCGAGAGGAAGUAUGAUAUUGAGGUUCAGAAUCUGGAUGGAAAGUAUAAAGAGUGGCAGAAAAAAUUGCACCCUGUAGUGCACUCAAAAUCCGAGAAAGAAAGAGGGUAUGCCGCUGAACAGUCUGCUCGUGUAAUUGAUGCAUACCACACGCUUAGCAAGCCAUUGUCGAGGGCAGUAUACAUUCUGAGGCUUCAAGGUGUUGAUGUUGAUGAAGAAGAAACACUUACAGAUCCGGAAUUGCUUUCUGAGAUAUUGGAAAUCAGGGAAGCUGUUGAAGAGGCAGCUGACUCUCAGGCGUUAAAUCAGAUUAAGUCUCAGAUGCAAGAGAAGCUGAACAACUGGUCUAACUCUUUUGCAAAUGCAUCUCAAUGCCGGAAGUUUGAAGAAGCUCUAGAUUCUAUCCGAAGAAUGACUUACUAUGAACGUGUAAAUGAAGAAAUUGUGAAGAAGCUUUAAUAUAGUUUUUGCAGUUGUCGAGUCGACAAUAUUUAACUCCAAGAUUUACAAGCCAAUCUCGUCAGGAGUAUAUAAUCUAUUCAAGCGCCUGGUUUAGACUGCUUGCAAUCAUGAAAGAGAGAAACGAAUAAAUCGUAGAAUUGUAGAAAUACAAAGGUCAGGGUUGAGGAUGUGUGGCCAAAGCCCAUAGAUGUUUUUUGUGAGACUAUUUGUUUAUUCUUUUUGUAAUCCAUGGUUUAGAGCUAAAUUGACACUGUUUUCUUCAGGCACAUGGCACCAUGCAUGUAUCUACCUCUCCAUAAAGUUAUGUUUGAUUUUACAAUAAUAGAUGACUUUUCUAGCA